UUUCAGCACAAGUUUGAAUAUUACAUUGAAGAAAUUAUUUAGCUGGAGAAUUUGCAAUCAGGCCAUCAAGGUUAAAAAUAGUAAUUUAGGUUCUCCUUUAAACUUCAUUACAAGAGACGAUGGAUGAUAAACAAAGUACAAUAUGCUGACAUUACUUGUGAAUUAAGAAGAAAACAGAGGUUUUGAAAAUGUUUAAAAAGAUUUCAGCAUCAUUCUGGAAGCUGAGCAGUUGGACAAAUCAGAACAAAAUAUUUUCCUUUAUUAUUAUUGUUGGUGGAGGCUCCAUUUUAACACUUCCAUAUGCUUAUUAUAAGUCCAUGCAACUGAGCACUGGACAACAGAGAAGUGCAGAAAGGCUUAGGCAAAUGAAGAAAAUAAAUAAAACAAAGAAACAAGAAUCAGAGAGUUAAAAAUAAUGAGAUAAUAAUGGAGCAGGCAGCAACUGGAACUUUACAAAUACAGAACCUUGUGAGUCCUGAUAUAGUCAAUGCCCUGAAUUUACUCCUGAAGAUAACAUCUUCAUGUCGAAAAGGAUGUAUUCAGAUGGUUCAGAACUCUGUAGGAGGUCAUCUAACCAUAACCUCUACCUCUACUCGUCUGCUACAGUCAUUGUCAGUGUCGAAACCUGUCAUUCGUCUCAUUGUGACAGCUGUUCAAGGUCAUCUUCAACACUUCACCGAUGGAGGACAUUUUGUUUCUAUGUUAACGGUUUUAUUAUUGACAAAGUCUAUGAAUCUUAAUGUUUCCAAUUCUUAUUUAUCAGAGUUAUAUGACAGAUUUCUAACGAUUAUAGUUGAAGAUGUUAAUGCUGAUUCAUCAAAAAUUAAUAUAGAUAUUUCCAGUCUUAAACAGAUGACUAAUUUUAUAAAAAGCAUUAUUGGUAGAAAACCAUUGUGUAAACUUAAUCAGUAUGAUUUAGAUAACUUUUCUAAGCUUCUUGUCCAAGUAUUUGCAAGUUAUCUCCCUUGCGAGGGAAGAUCUGGAAGCUGGGAAGAGAACAUAUAUAUAAUUCCAGUAGAAGGACUUCCUGUUUCUAAUUCUGAAUUAUAUCAAGGGUUGCUAUUGCAAGGUUAUCAACAGCCAAAGACUGCUGUAAAUAAUGUAAGGAAAGUUAACAAUCAGAUCAGUGUUGCUGUGGUAACUGUUUCCAUGACAGGUGAUACAGAAGACAUUAUGGAUGCAGAAUAUGAAGUUUUCAAUGAGAUGUCAGAAGAAAAAACAGUUUUAAGUAGAAUUAUGAAAUUUUGUGACAGAUGUGCAGAAUUAAAUGUUGGGGUCAUUUUCUGCCAGAAAGUUAUUCAUCCGUCAGUGAAAAGUUACCUGUAUAAACAAGAUAUUUUACCCAUAGAACGUAUUGGCUCACAGAUGAUUCCAUUCAUACUGAAAUUAACAGAUGCACAAUCUUUGAGAAGUUUUACUGUAUUAGCAUCAGAUAUUGGACACCUAGAUUCUAUAGAACAUCAAAAUAUCAACAAAAAGAGUUAUCUUUUCCUGAAGAAACAGGAGUCUCCUGUAGCAACACUAAUAUUAACCUGUGAUCAUGAAGAAUCGGUACAGGAAUUAAAGGCAGUAUGUUCAAGUGCACUGCAUUCCAUGGAGAGAUUGGCUUUCUUAUCAUAUGUACUUCCUGGAGGAGGAUGCUGGGAAAUGAAGACAUGUUUCAGUCUCAGGACAAAAGUGCUGUCUGAGAUGUCAAGUCUUAUAAAAGAGUUUUAUUGUACAAAGUCUGCAAUAUUGGCAGCAUUAGAUGUGGUUUGUAAAAGUUUACAGAAUAUUGCAAAAACAGUUGUAAAGGAAUCUGAAGAAGGCAAAACUGAUUGUACUUACCAUCAUUUUUGGAGGGUUCCAAAGGAAGUUGAGGAAGGGGAGGUAAUUUGCAGUUGUGGAAUUUAUUGUUUGGAAACUACAGAACUGGUAGAUUUAGACAAUGUGGAUCUUGGCAACCCAAUGAAUCAGAUAUUACAAGAAGAUUACAACACUUCAGUGAUGAAGAGAACAGUUGUGAUAGAUCAGUUAGACAUGUGUGUCAAUGCUGUAAAAACGUCUUUCCUUACUGCUAAUGCACUUCUUACUACAAACUUGUUUAUAUGUGAAUCUUGAUACAGGCAGUGGACAAUAGUAUUCAGUCAGAUAGGUUCUGUUUAUAUUUUGUAAAAAAUUGUUAAUUUUUUUCUCUCAAAAUAAUCACAGAGUAAUUUGCAAAUAAGAAUUUUUACAAGAAAUUUGUUUCAAGAACUUUUUUACACAUUCAAUUUGCGGACAAGGUAGCCAAUUAAAAAAAAAAAAAUUAUUGAACAAUAUAGUAUCAUAAUAAUAAUAUAGAGUACCUUGUUAAAUGGUUUAAUUUUGUAGAAAUGAAGAUUACAAGUUGGGAAGAUAAUAAGCUUAUCAGGUUUUAUAGAAAAUAUAAACGAAAAAAAAGAAAUUUGAGAAUAUUUUAAUAUGUCCACUCACUGUAUUAAUGAAUGAGUGGUUGAAUGUGUUAUAAUUGAUAUAAUAAUUGGUCUAAGUAGUCCAACUACUGUAUCACUAGCCAGUUCGAAUCCCGCAUGGGGCAUUUGCACUCAACUCCAAUCUUAAUUGACUAGGAUUGUCAGUUUUCCUACCGAAGGUUAGUGGUUCUCUCUGGGCACUCCGGCUUCCUCCACCAAUAAAAACUGACUGCCACGAAAUAGCACAAUAGUGUUAAAACACCAAUCAAUCAAUCAAUCAAUAUAAUUAAUAUUUUACCUAUUUGAUAGGUUAUUACACCAUAUUUUGUUACUACCAGUAGUUUUAAAAGAGUAGUUGAGUAAUAUGAUAUUACAACAGAAGUGGUCUCCAAACACAGUAGCUCCAAAUGGAAUUUUUUGUUAUUGGAAGCCAUAUUUAUUGUGUGAAUCAGCUGAAAAAAAUAUGUAGCAUAUAAAAUAUAGGAUAUGCCAAAACACAUUUCGUGUUUUGGCAUAUCCUAUAUCUUAAUGUUAUAAAAGAGUAAUUGCAGAAUCUAUUGUAUGUCAAAUCAAGAUGAAUAUAGGAAAAUAGUAUGAGAAAAUUGGUCAGUCAUAUCUGGUUAUCCCUAAGGCCUCCUUUAAAAGUCAUCAUUAAAUUCAUGUCAGUAAGAGCAGAUUUUGAAAUUCAGUAUUAUCAUGAAAGCAUUGACUUUUUUUGUGAACAACUCUUUCUUUUGAAUUUUUUUUUUUUUAGAAAAGUCAUUGACUUUGUUAUAUUUUGUACAUUCAUUGUUGCGACAUGUGAAAACCACUAUUCAAAAUUAAAGUUGUAAUUGUCAUAAUAGUUGCUGUAAGCUAUUAUAAAAUGUGAUACAAAUGUUUAAGAAAUCAACAUUACUUGCAUAUGAAUCCUAGAUUUUAUUUUGUAUUUGUAAUGCCUUGUGUGUAUGUGUUUUAAUAAUCUUUGUUUACUGAAUUAUAUAUACAAACAGAUUCUGUACAACUGCAGUUUGGGCUGAUAUAGCUAUAAAAGCUCAUUAGGCUAUACAAAAAUUAUCUCCCUUUGACAAAUUUUUAUGAAACUAUAAAUUUGGAAGUGCAAGAACUUUACAGAAAUUAUAAAGGAACAUAGAUGAAUAUUUCUGUCUUGAACUUUUAUCAUGAAUUUUGUUGGAAUUUGUUUUCACAGAUAAAGUAAAAAAAUAAAGCCAAAUUAAUUCAGCCUUACUACUCAAAUUAUGUCUGCAAAGUCUGUGAAAAAUAAAAAUUCACUAAAAAAAAAUCAAAGGGAGAUAAUCGCAAUUGAGCUUAAAUAACCAAAUUGAGCUAUAUGAGCUCAAACUGCAGAUUUACAGACUGACAAAUGUACUGAAAUUAUGGUUUUGAUGCAACUUUACAUAUAUAACUGUAAAACAUAAUGUAAAGAGAAAAAAGUUUGUCCAAAGUGCCAGUCUUUUUAGCAUUAUUCAGAGAUUAAUAUUGUUAAUCUUGAAAUAAAAAUAUAUUGAUUCAAUUA